UCUAUCAAAAAGUGGGUCAAAUGGCGUUCCGUAACUCACCAUUAAAACUCGUUUUAUAAAUUUGCAGUUAAAUUUACUGUCUUAAUUUUCUAGCAGGCGAAAAGCAUAAAACUUAUACAAUACAGUUCACUGUUUCUUUUUGCUUCGAUUUAAUUCCAAAAUUAAAUCCAUCUACUUUUAGACUGAUAUAGUGGUGAUUGCAACAGCAGAGUUUUAGAACCCUUAAAUUCAUGGUAUAUAAGCUUUGAUAAAGCAUGUAGUAAUUGGGUUGGGAGGCGACUAAAUGUAGAAUGAAAGGUAAUACUGGAUGUGAGAUCUGUGCGCUAAGUGCCUUCCAUUAGACAUUCUAGUCAUGGUGCCGGCUUGAACAAGCAGUUGGGCCCACCGUGUUGCAUGUGUGUCGUAGUAAGAGUCAUGGUGCUGGCUAGGUCGGUGGCCGUCCGGAUGGCCUAGGCCGGGAUACAGAUACGGAAUUCUCGAUGAUCAUUUCUGUGAGGAUGUACCCCCCAUCCAUUACUGUGAUAUUCCUGAAUGUGUACCCCCUUGCGGAGUAUUACGCAUGGAUAUGAUAGUAAAUCACGUGACUAUGUGAGAACAAUUCCGUUGGAAGAAACCUCCGCUAGGUUCGGAUUCAUCUGGGUCAGAUAACCGCCGAGAGCCGGGUGGGGAAUACCCGGUAAACUCCGCGGAUCCUGUGAGGACUAUUACGCACACACUACGGUGGAUCACUCAACUGCUGCGAGUUAAGUUACACGAAAAAGUCCCUUCCCUCAAUAUUUUUUUCUCGAAGCAUGUUUUUCAGGAUUUAAACAAAAUUAUUUCUAUAAAGCCAUAUAAAUAUCAGACUACUGAGCCAAAGUUAAUGGUAGGCAACUAUGGUUCGAAUCCUGCAAAUGCCACCAGAUUAGAAUUAAACGAAUACUAUGUUGAAGGAGAGGAGUGGUAGGCUAUCAGAUUUAAACUAUCGACAAAAUAUUAAAAAGUUUGCAGUACAAAAAAAAAAUUUUUAGAAAUAAAAAUUUUUAAGUUAAUGCUAUUCAAUAACAAUUAAAAUAAUGUCUUAAGCGUAAAUGAUAUUACAAAGUACUGUAUGAUGAUGAAGGACGUCUGCACACAUUUAGACAGACAGACCUUGAAAAUACGAGAAUACAGUAGGGGGUAGAAGGGGGAAACCAGACGUCUGGACCUUUUAGAGAAUCACGAAUACCUCAAAAUUUAUAAGUUUAAAUGAAGUAAAUAACCCAAACGAUCUACGAAAAGUUCGGCUACAACUGGUUAGGUCAAUGUACGAACGGAGGCGGACGCAUCUGGUCCAAUUACGUCAUGCUAAACGUUUGGUUGACAGACACAGAACACUGACGAAAAACUUAGGUGACUGCAGUUCGUUUCGCUCCCUGAUGCUAUCAAGUAACCCGAUCAAAGAAGCUUCCUCGGAUCCAUUUGUCAAAGCUUAGGCAGCAUUUAACGAUGUCAUUAUUAUAUGCAAUUGCCCUGAACUGCGUGUUUGUCACCAGCCAAAUCAUGGCGGAAGAAAACGGGGUGGUUUCUUAUGCGGGAUUUCAAGUUUGGAAAAUCAAACCUAGUUCCGAAGGAGAUCAGCAAUUUAUUUUGGACAUUAUAGAUUCGUAUGAACUUGAGCUGUGGAGUAAAAGAAGAAUGGCCAGAGAUCCCAUGGAUGUUAAAGUGCCACCACGGAGUCAGACGAAACUAAAGUCAAAACUGGCUGAGCGCAAAAUAUCCUACGUCGUUGUCAUCAGCGACUUGCAGACAGCCAUCGACAACCAAAAGACCAAAGUCAACAGGAUCAUUUCCAAUUGGAAACCCGCAUACGAUAUGGAUUGGAUCAGCUAUCACACACUGAACGACAUUUACGCCUUCUUGACUUAUCUGAACACCACGUACCCGAAGCUUGUCCAAUUAACAAAUAUCGGUUCCUCGUAUGAAAAACGCCCACUGUACGUCCUUCGAAUCUCCAACUCUUCUUCAGCCGGCACGAGACCCGCCAUCUGGAUCGAUGGGGGAAUUCAUGCUAGGGAAUGGAUUUCGCCAGCUGUCGCCACGUACAUCAUCCAACAGUUAGUUGAAGUACCUGCAAACGCGAAGCUCUUGUCCAACGUCGACUGGUACAUCAUGCCCGUCGUAAACCCAGAUGGUUACGAGUAUACACACACGAAGGAUCGUAUGUGGCGCAAAACUCGUUCCGUCUCCAGCACGUCAUCCUGUCGCGGUGCGGAUCCUAAUCGUAAUUUUGGGUAUAAGUGGGGUGGUCUGGGUGCGAGCACUAAUCCGUGCGACGAUACCUACAGAGGCACUACAGCCUUUUCUGAGCCGGAGACUCUUGCAACUUCAAAUUUUAUUAUGGGAAAAUCAAGUCAAAUCAAACUGUACCUGACACUGCAUAGCUAUGGCCAGUUCGGGUUGCUUCCUUAUGGAUACGACGUCGUUUACCCAUCUGAUUAUAACGAUGUGUUGGCACUUGUUAACAAUGCCGCAUCCAGAUUCGUGAAUUACAGAUACACAGUUGGUAAUACAGCUGCUCUACUUUACGCAGCCUCAGGUGGUUCGGCUGACUGGGCCAAAUCGAUUGGCAUCAAAUACAGCUACACCUUCGAGUUGCCAGACAGAGGCACAAACGCAUUCACUUUGCCGGCAUCGGAAAUUUUGCCUGUGUGCCAAGACUUUUUCCCAGCUUUGGAUGUUUUUGCCACCAAAGUAGCUACUUGCUGCGGUGCAGUAAACUCGACCACCACGGUCAAACCACUGACGACUGCAAGACAACUACUCGACGACCAACAACCAAACCUCGACCCACGACCACAACUUCGAAACGUAUUGACGUAGCCUACUACGACAAAGUGUCCUUGCACCUGUGGUUAGACGAGGCGUAUCUAUAAAUGGCUAUAGCCGCUAACCCUGACAUGUUUCCCUCGACGAUGUACAGCCAAUUCAAAACUGGCCUAAAAAUGAUAUUUGACUUGAAAGAUACUUCUCUUAGUUGAUUGGUAAUAAAUACGAUGUGCGGCA